AGAGGGGAAGAGUAUUACCUUUUUCUUUAUACAUCUUUGGAUGGUCAUGUAUUUUACAAUGAAUACCCAUUGUAUUAAUAAUUUUAAAAAAUAACGAAAAUAAAGGGGAUAUGAAAAUAAUAGGGAGAUGUGUGUGUAGGAAGAACUCUGGUAGACAGGGGUCCACCAUGUCAGUGCAGGGAGGUCAUAGGGAAGGAGAUGAGGUUGUUCAACUUGACAAAAAGGAGAUCUUUGGUAACCUCCAAGAGAACGUCUAAAUAGUGGGGUGUGGGCAGAUGUCAUAAUCUGAUGUAUGGAACAAGGUAUGAACUGGAAUGAAAGGCUUUGGGUGUGGACCACUUGUUUAGGAAGUUUGGUCGUAAAAGGAAAUUAAGAGAUGGGACAGUGGCAUUGAGCUGCAAGUGACACCUUGAAGGUGAGAGCCACCUUUGCCCAACAGCUGGAAGGAAAAUGGGACCUCAGUCCUAACAACUGCACAGAACUGGGGGGAAAAAAAAGGAGGAGGGGACAGUUAGGAAUGGAGGCACAUCAUCAGUUGGAGUUUUUUGUGAGGAGAGGACAAGGACAAAAAAAAGAGAACCAGUGGAGAGGCACUGACCAUAGGUGUUAAAGAAUGGUAUAAAAUGGUGGUUUGACAGCCUUUGAGUUGGGAGGGAAGGGUUGCAGGGACAGAAAUAAAGAGACUUCUCAUUUCCCUAGAAUCCAGUUUGUUUCGUUCACAGCUGUCAUAGACCUAUGAACACUCCUUUCCUUCCCAGUCCCUGUCUCUAGUCUAAAGAGCCCAACUUCCUAACAGGCACCUGGGCCCUGAUCUGGAGCAUCAGCUGUGUGACCCGGUACAGGUCACUUAGGCCCUGCCUCAGUUUUCUCAUUGGUGAAAUGGGGUUGACAAUAGUACCUACAUUAUUGUGAGACAGUGCAUACAAAGAGCUUAGUUUGCUGCUCAGCUACUGGCCUGGGGGCAGUCUCUCUGAUGUGUUGUGGGUCUGGGCCACAGGGUCAAUGAUGUCACAAUGCCCUACUAGACUCCAACUUCUCUGCUAGGGAUUUGUGGAUCCUUUGGAGCUUAGGACUGGAACUGACAUGCGAGACCUCUACCAACUGAGGGUUUCAUGAGCAUACUCCUUUGCCACAAUCUUGGUGAAUAGUCUUUCACUGUGCAAUUGUGUCUUGGAAAUUGUUUUACUUAUUAUCAUGAUUGUGCUUGGCUGGAUGCUUUUUGUUGGAUUUGCAUGUUACAUGGGCACAUUUCCGGAGUUUGUGCCUCCAACUCUGAAGUGGAAGGAGAUGUGGGCUGUUCAGGAGAGCAAGGCACGCCUAAGAAGCCAGACUUUGGAUGAAGAUCUGCAACCGAACAAUGUGGAAGGGAUAUAAGUAUCCCCCAGGAGGGACCCCGGUGGAAAUAAGUAAAGAUGAUCCUGGUGAAGUAAUGCAGCUCUGAAGCUCUCCUGACCAGCUAUACAGUUCCUGUUGUUGGUUUCACAUAAAGUAAUUGCACAUUAUUUUGUCACAUUUUAUGUAACAAAUUACCACACUUUUUGAGAUGAAUGAAGACCUGGUAUUCUAUUAGCUCAAAACAGGGAGAUGGAGAGCGGGGAGGAAGUUG